AUGCGGAAGUUGUGUUUCACAACUGAGAAUCAGGGCCCCGGCGUGACAUUCACCGGGUUGUCCGUAGAGUUGGGGUUGUAUUGAAUCAGGAUUAAAACCACUCUUUACUCCACAGAGGUGUUGGCAAAAUGGGAAUACUAAAAGCAGGACUGCUUUUGACAAAAACGCAUUUUUUGGCACCAGGAAGCGUUACACUUAAAAAGGUGCUCAUUAACAGCUGUCGGACGUGCACCUCCGGCGUUUUCCCCAAUGAGAGGAUACGCAACAUCGGAAUAUCCGCUCACAUUGACUCGGGGAAGACCACCCUGACAGAGAGGGUCCUUUACUAUACUGGCAGGAUAGCGGAGAUUCACGAGGUGAAAGGGAAGGAUGGUGUUGGAGCCACUAUGGACUCUAUGGAGCUGGAGAGACAGAGAGGCAUCACUAUUCAAUCUGCUGCUACAUACACCAUGUGGAAGAACCACAACAUCAAUAUAAUUGACACACCAGGUCACGUAGACUUUACUAUCGAAGUGGAGCGAGCACUGCGUGUGCUAGACGGAGCUGUGCUGGUUCUGUGUGCAGUGGGAGGUGUCCAGUGUCAGACCAUGACUGUAAACAGACAGAUGAAACGCUACAAUGUACCCUUUCUCACCUUUAUAAACAAGUUGGACCGAAUGGGAGCAAACCCCAACCGAGCCCUGCAACAGAUGAGAUCUAAACUUAACCACAACACAGCAUUUGUGAACAUCCCCAUCGGCCUGGAGGGGAACAUGCAUGGUAUCAUUGACCUUAUAGAAGAGCGGAGCAUAUACUUUGAUGGGCCAUAUGGUCAAAACAUCCGCUAUGAUGAUAUUCCUGCUGAUUUUCGAGCUGAAGCCGCAGACCGGAGGCAGGAGCUGGUGGAGUGUGUUGCUAAUGCUGAUGAAUUCUUGGGGGAGAUGUUCCUGGAGGAGAAGGUUCCAACCAUAGAAAACCUGAAGGCUGCGAUCCGCAGGGCCACAGUACAGCGACUCUUCACCCCCGUGUUGGUGGGCACAGCACUGAAGAAUAAAGGCGUCCAGCCUCUACUGGACGCGGUCCUGGAUUAUCUGCCGAACCCCAGUGAAGUAAAAAACUACGCCAUCCUAAAUGAUGAAGAGUCCACAGAAACCUCAAAGAUUGAAAUGGACCCAACAAGAGACACUGCAAACCCCUAUGUUGGUCUGGCCUUUAAGCUAGAGGCCGGCAGGUUUGGUCAGCUGACAUAUGUACGGGUGUAUCAGGGCUGUUUGAAGAAGGGAGAAUACAUCUACAACACACGCACAGGCAAAAGAGUCAGAGUUCAGAGGCUUGUGCGUCUCCAUGCUGAUCAGAUGGAGGAUGUGGAUGAAGUUUAUGCAGGAGAUAUCUGUGCAUUGUUUGGGAUAGAUUGCGCCAGUGGAGACACUUUUACAUCCAAGACUAGUGCUAAUCUCUCCAUGGAGUCCAUUCACAUCCCAGAGCCUGUCAUUUCUAUGGCCAUUAAGCCAGCCAACAAGAAUGAUCUGGAUAAAUUCUCCAAAGGCAUCAACCGCUUCAGCAGAGAAGAUCCCACAUUUAGAGUGCAUUAUGACACUGAGAGCAAGGAAACCAUCAUUUCAGGCAUGGGCGAGCUGCAUCUUGAAAUCUACUCCCAGAGGAUGGAGAGAGAGUACAACUGUCCCUGUGUGAUGGGUAAACCCAAAGUUGCCUUCAGAGAGACAAUCAGCAGUCCUGUAUCGUUCGACUUCACCCACAAAAAGCAGACUGGCGGCUCUGGGCAGUAUGGUAAAGUUAUUGGAGUCCUCGAGCCUCUUGAGCAAGAACAUUACAUCAAGUUAGAGUUUGAAGACCAAACUGUUGGAACAAACGUCCCAAAGCAGUUUGUGCCAGCUGUUGAAAAGGGUUUCAGAGAUGCCUGUGAGAAGGGGUUCCUGAGUGGACACAAGAUUUCAGGAGUCAGAUUCCUCUUGGAAGAUGGAGGCCACCACAUGGUUGACUCAAAUGAGAUUUCCUUUAUUCGUGCAGGCGAAGGUGCUCUGAAACAAGCAAUGGAAAAGGCCAACACGAUCAUCCUGGAGCCAAUCAUGUCUGUGGAAAUCAUUGCGCCUCAGGAGUUUCAAGGGGUGGUGAUUGCUGGGGUAAACCGUCGCCAUGGUGUCAUUACAGGACAGGAUGGAGCAGGGGGAUACAUCACUUUGUAUGCAGAUGUUCCACUAAAUGACAUGUUUGGCUAUGCCACAGAACUACGCUCCUGCACUGAAGGAAAAGGCGAGUACACCAUGGAUUACAGCAGAUAUCAGCCCUGCUUGCCAUCUACACAAGAAGAACUUGUCGACAAAUACUUAGAAGCAACAGGACAGCUGCCUGCUAAGAAGAACAAGUGGAAGAGCUAAAAACUCUACAGUUCCACUUUGACAUCACCAUGUCCCUUCAUCACCAAAUGUUUUUUGCUUGUAAUUGACCAGGACUCCAGCAAAAGGCUUGACUUCAUGGAGCCAAAACAAAACUUUGACAUUUAACUUUUCUUUCAAGCCUCCUCCUCAUAUAUGACCCCUGCAGGAAACAUAUUUAUUUUAACAACAUUUAUCCUCAUUGCAGCAAGUGUUAAAAUAUUGGUAGUUAUGUCAAGCUCUGUGUUUUGUACUAUGUACAGAAUGGUCUUGAUGUAACGAUUAUAACAAAAAUUUCUCCUAAUUUUAAAGUGUAUCUUUUCUGUAAAGAUUAUUUAAUAGUAAAGAGGCAUAAAAAAACAUAUUUUAGUUGGAAAAACAAAACAGUGAGACUAGUCAUGUUUCCACUCACCUCUCCUGUUUCCUUUGCUGUCUCAAGCAUAAUUUUGGAACUGGCCAACAUGUCUGCUGAAGCAGUCUUGGAAGUGGGGCUCCCUCUCACCCCCACUAACACAAUCAAAAAUAUGAUGCUCUUCAGCCCCAUUCCUGUUCGCUGUCACACGCAGAUGUAAGGGCAAAAGCAAAAACAGCUAGUUUUAAAGGGUGCAGGCACAGAAA